UGACCUUCCACUGCCUUCCCCCUGUCACAUUUCCGGUGCCGUGUGACUGGGGACCGGCAAGCGAGGGGUAAAAAAAAUACAAAAAUUAUAUUAAAAAAAACCACAUUUAAGCAUUCGGCAGCCGGAUUGGCGGCGAUUGUGCUCCAUACGGACGGGAGAGCCCUCUGCAAAUGAUGGCGAGUAAUAACGUGUCCUACAACGAUCAGGGUGACCGGGGCCUGGGAGGUGGUGAAUCGACCGAGUUGGGCCAAGAAGCCACGGCAAUGACUUCAGGAGGAGGGGCAGGAGUGGGGUUCCGGCUCUUCAGCGCAGACUACAAGAAGAAUGAAGACCUUCAUCAAAUGCUGGAGAGCAACAAGGAUUCACUUAAAUUGGAGGCUAUGAAGCGAGUUGUUGGGAUGAUUGCUAAAGGAAAAAAUGCUUCAGAGUUAUUUCCUGCUGUCGUGAAGAAUGUGGCCAGUAAAAACAUUGAGUUGAAGAAAUUGGUGUACGUCUACCUUGUACGUUAUGCAGAAGAGCAGCAAGAUUUGGCCCUGUUAUCAAUUAGCACUUUUCAACGUGCACUGAAGGAUCCUAAUCAGUUGAUUCGGGCAAGUGCUUUACGAGUUUUGUCCAGCAUUAGAGUAUCAAUCAUUGUUCCAAUAAUGAUGCUGUCUAUUAAGGAAGCUGCCAGUGACCUGUCUCCAUAUGUCCGGAAAACUGCUGCCCAUGCUAUUCAGAAACUUUACAGCCUAGAUGCAGAGCAGAAAGAACCAUUAGUAGAGAUCAUAGAAAAGCUACUAAAAGAUAAAAGUACGCUAGUAGCUGGAAGUGUUGUAAUGUCGUUUGAAGAGGUCUGCCCUGAGCGAAUUGACUUGAUUCACAAGAAUUACCGCAAGCUGUGUAACCUGUUGGUAGACGUGGAGGAGUGGGGACAGGUCGUUAUAAUCAACAUGCUCACUCGCUAUGCACGAACACAGUUUCUAAGUCCAUGGAAAGAGGAGCAGUUGCUGGAUGAAAAUAAUGAGAAGGCGUUCUAUGAUUCUGACGAAGACCAGAAUAAAAGUGGUGGUGCUGCUAAGAAACCAUAUGUAAUGGACCCAGAUCAUCGACUGCUCCUCCGGAACACCAAGCCUUUACUGCAGAGUAGGAAUGCUGCUGUCGUAAUGGGGGUUGCUCAGCUUUACUGGCAUCUUGCGCCAAAGGCAGAGGUCAACAUUGUUGCUAAGUCAUUGGUUCGAUUGCUUCGAAGCCACAGGGAGGUGCAAUACAUUGUCUUGCAGAACAUUGCCACAAUGUCAAUACAAAAAAAGGGGAUGUUUGAACCAUAUCUGAAAAGUUUUUACGUUCGAUCAACUGAUCCAACACAGAUAAAAAUUUUGAAGCUUGAGAUUCUGACAAGUCUGACCAAUGAAACCAACAUCUCUGUUGUGCUACGAGAGUUUCAGACAUAUGUAAAAAGUCAGGACAAGCAAUUUGCUGCAGCCGCAAUUCAGGCAAUUGGAAGAUGUGCCACCAAUAUUUCCGAAGUUACAGAUACGUGCCUUAAUGGGUUGGUGUAUCUACUGUCUAACAGAGAUGAAAAUGUUGUUGCUGAAAGUGUAGUUGUCAUUAAGAAACUACUCCAGACACAACCAUCACAGCAUAGUGAAAUCAUCAAACAUAUGGCCAAGCUUCUAGACAAUAUUACAGUACCCAUGGCUCGAGCAAGCAUCCUUUGGCUGAUAGGCGAAUACUGUGAACGUGUACCAAAGAUUGCACCAGAUGUUCUGAGGAAAGUGGCGAAGAGCUUUACAAGUGAAGAGGAGAUAGUGAAACUACAAAUUCUUAAUCUGGGAGCUAAACUCUACUUAACAAAUCCCAAGCAGACAAAAUUGCUUAUGCAGUACAUAUUAAAUGUAGCCAAGUAUGAUCAGAACUAUGACAUUAGAGAUCGUACAAGAUUUAUCAAGCAGCUGAUAGUUCCAAAUGAGAAGAGUGGAGCUUUAAGCAAGUAUGCUAAGAAAAUAUUCCUUGUUCAAAAGCCAGCACCAGUCCUCGAAUCUCCAUUUAAAGAUAGGGAUCGUUUCCAACUGAGCACGUUAUCGCACACGCUUAAUACCAAAGCAAAUGGGUAUCUAGAGCUUCCAGACUGGCCGCAGACAGCCCCUGACCCUUCCGUCCGAAAUGUGGAAGUCAUUCAGCCAGUUAAAGAACUGGUGACACCACUAGGUAAACUAAAAGGAAAGAAAGACAAUUUGGGGGACAAGUUUUACUCUGAUUCGGAGGAGCAGGAAGAAUCCAGCAAAGGUAGUGAAUCUAGUAGUGAAAGUGACAGCAAGAAUGAAGACAGCAGUGAGAGUUCAAGUGAAGAGUCAAGUGACAGUGAUUCGGAAAAAGAGGAAAAGAAUGAAGAAAGUGAAAAUAGUGACUUUGAAAAUAACCAGGCCAAAACCAAACCCAGAAAGCUAAAUUCUGCAACUUCCUCCGAGUCAGAGAACAGUUCAUCUGAAGACAGUUCAGACUCUGAAUCUGACACUGACUCUGAACCAGACAGAACAGUGAAACAAAAGAAAGAUGAGAAAAACACAGUAUCAGUGGCCAAGGCUGCUGUCAAGCAAGAAGUUUUGCUCCUGGAUUUGGUUGACUGUUCUGAUGUGUCGACACCAGUAGCCCUCCCUAAACCGGUAAUGGCUUCAAGAUUAGCAGCUGAUUUGGAAGGAUUAUCACUUUCCAGUACUACUGCUGUCAUUGAGGUGACCACUCCAGUAUUUGUUCCUUCAAAAUCAUAUACACUACUUCAUCGGAUGUCUGGAAAAGGCCUUGGAGCGCAAUAUCACUUUCCACGUCAACCAUGUAUUUACAACUCAAAAAUGGUGUCUGUACAGAUCAUAUUAACCAAUAGCUCUGACAAAGAAGUCAGGAAUAUCCGAAUAGGAGAGCGGAAGCUUGCAUCAGGGAUGCAAAUGCAUGAUUUCUAUGAAAUAGAGUGCCUUGAGCCUGGGACAUCAAAGACUGUUUCAAUGGGCAUUGACUUCUGCGAUUCCACACAGGCUGCCAACUUUCAGCUGUGCACAUUCAAUGAUCAUUUCAGUGUCAGUGUCCAACCUCCAGUUGGAGAGCUGCUUCUGCCAGUCACCACAUCAGAAAAGGAUUUCAAGAAAGAGCAAGGAAAACUAACAGGAAUGAAUGAAAAUUCUACAGCGAUCACAGGUUCUCCACAGAAUUCCUCCGGCCAGGCGGUUGUGCAUAAGGUGGUAAACAUGGCUAAUGUUGGGAUUGUGCCUUCUGGCCAAGAUAAUAUACACAGGUUUGCAGCAAAAACUGUGAACAGUGGAGCUUUGGUACUAAUCACAAUAGAAGUGAAGGAAGGAUCAACAAUGCAGCUCAGUAUAAACACGGAAAAGUCUGUGAUUGGUUCAGUGCUGCUGCGGGAGCUGAAGUCUGUGCUGUCUCAAGAGUGACCAAGAUAUAUCUGCAAGCAAGUGUCUGGCAAACAAUGUGCUGGCCAGCCACUGCUGUCGUCUUUCGUUUGUAAUAGACUCCCCUCCAUCUAGCAGUAAUAUGUAAACCACGCAGUUACAAUCUUGUUGAAAUCUGCUUUGAAAUUCCAUUAUAUUCUUUAGCACAAUCCUUUUCUUUUGCUUGCCAUGAAAGCAGCACAGUUCCAAGUAACAAUCCAAAUGUUGAGCUGCUGGAUUUAAAGAUGGCCAAAUCUUCCAUUGUAUUGUUUCGAUAUGGUGUUAAGGGUAUUUUCUUUUGAAUGGGCAAACAUUGAAUGUAAGUUAACAUUGUAGCCUUUUGUUCUUACAUCAGCUUUCUCCAGAGGUGUGUGGAACCACUGCAUAUAAAACAUUUUCACUGUCGCAUUUCAUGUAGUUUCCAAGAAAUUAAUUUGAAAAGUGAGGAUGGUCGCAAAAGAAUCAAUGUCCAACCAUAUAGUCUGAGAGUUUAUUGUAGAAAUCUUGAAAGGGUGUCUGUUAAAUGGGUGAAGACGAUAGUGCUAUAAAAUUUAUUGGUGCCAACCCCUCGCCUGAAUGGAGUCUGUCUUGUAUUGGUCCAAAAUUGAGGGUAAAAUUCAUCCAAAGAAAGAUAUCUUCUGCCAAAAAAAUGUUUCACUUGUUUGAUUACUGCUUUCUUUUGUGUUAUGUUAAUUCCCUUUUAGUAUUUAUGUUACAGAACCCUGAUCUCAGUAUUUUGUUUUGUGUGUUGCCAUAAGCAUGAUCAGAUAUGAUGCUUUCAGUUUUGGGAUUUCUGUAAAGAAAACUGAACACUGGACAUCUGAAGUUAAACCUGCUUUUGCCAGAAAUGCAGAGCAGGUGAUCAGUAAAUGAGAAGGGGAGAUUGAUGAUUUGGGUGUAACUCAUUAUCAGGACUCAUUCAGGUAUGACCCCAUCACAAAAUUUAUUCUAAAAAAACAGCCAUACUCAAACAUUAUCUAGCAGACUGUGCAUUUCAAGGGUUUUGUCAUUCCUGUGAUCUGUGUACACAUCCUCACUUAGCAUUUAGAAAGGGAGUGCAGUUUCCCUUCAAUUCCAUCUCCUUCAUUAGGGAACUUGCUUCAAAUUGUUCUAAUGCACCUCCUAGUGGUUGGCUUGUUAUCAACAUCGCAGAAGCUUGGAAAGGAGUUACAACUAUGCAGUGGUGUGGGGCUAAAAGAAAGAGGCAAAAUAAUCUUGCUGUCCUUUCCUUGCCCUUUUUGUAAUGGUUAUGAAUCAUGGCCUUCUAAGGACUGAAAAAUAUUGAGAUGGUUUUGAGUAAAAAUUGCUCCAAUGUGGUCACUAGUUGUAAAGCACUGUGCCUAACAAUGAUUUUUUACAAGAUGUAUUUCUGAUGAUUAGAGCUUUCAAAGUUUAGUAGAUAUACUGUUUACAUCUUUCUGGAUUACUGUUGCAAAUUGUAAUUUCUUGGAGACUAUAGCAGCUUUCCCUAAUUAUAUAAGGGGAAAAGUACAGUUUGUAUUUGAAUUAUAAUUUUAUUUUAGUAUAAAUUGGUAAAUAAUGUAGAAAUUCUGUUGGCCUUUUUUCAGUUCAAAGUAAAAAGGGGAAAUGGCUGCUUAUGGAACAGCCUGCUUGCAUCUUAAUCUUGAUUAUGUGCCAGUUUUCCAAUUACUAUUGUUAGUCUGUAGAGAAUAGUCACUAACAGUACUUGGAGAUGCUUCUAAUGCUGUUUAUUUUCUUCCUUCUCCACUUGUUUUGGAAGUAAAAUGCAAAAGUGAGCUUAUGAAAUUUCCAAAUAGGUAAACAGGUUCCCAUCUUAGAAUUUAUUUCUGGGGCACUGAGUGCUGUAACUGGAUUUGGUAUAUCUCUGUGCAGUAAUUAUUUAAUGAUUAGGAUUCCAAACAGUAUUUUUCCCCCUGUUCUUGUGUAGUUGUUACAUCAGGGACUUGUGUUUGCUGGUGUACAUCUGCUUCAGUUGAUUUACAGUACUGCGGCUGUGGCCAGUCAUAAAUAAAUCCUCUUAUAUAGUUGUUAUGAACACCUGUUAGAUCAUCUGUCAGCAAAGCGCUGUUCACAUUUAUCAUGGUGCGGUAGUUAUUUUACCUCAAUCCAUUUACAGCGGACUCUGCCUCCAUCACUGUAUUACUAUUACUGCACCAUAAUCACUCGUUUCCACUCCGUGUACAACUUGCAGAUAAAAGAUUUCAGUACUUGGCAAAAUUUCAUAAAUAAAGGAGCAGUUCACUGCA